AUGGGGGGCUGGACCGGCUUCCUCAUCACCUACCUCCUAGGAGGCCUGACCUUCCUGCCCUUGGUGAUCCUCACCGUCUUCGCCCACGCCUACUUCACCCUCCCCUACCGACAGGAUGCCGACACGAAUCGCGACGCUGUCGUUGACGCCGCCAACACCGCCGCCGGCGGUCCGGGCUCCAUCGUCCAGCCCGGCGACGACCUCACCGCUCUCGAGGCCGUGAAGGCAGCUGCCAAGGACGAUGCCACUGCGGCGGCCACGAAGCGCUCGGCGCAGGAUAACGACGUAGCGGCGGGGUACUUUGCCGUGUGCAGAGAGUACACUCCCAUGGGCAUCAACGCGAAGCCCAUCGAGAGGUCCACCCCGACCGGCUCGACCACCGUCGCAGCGCCGAGCCAGAGCGUCUACCAGACCAUGUACAGGAGCAUAUUCGAGCGGAAACCGACGCCAGGCCCCUUGGAUAACAGGAACGGGCUGAGCCAGCGUCCCAAAAACGCUGGCAAUGUCUUCUAUGUCGUACUGAGACACGGGCACUUGAUGCUCUUUGACGACGAUGAACAACUCGAGGUCCGGCACGUGGUAUCGCUAUUGCACCACGACAUUAGCAUAUACUCGGGAGGAGACGUCACACCAGAAGGCGAGCUUUACAUCAAGAGGAAUGCGCUGUGUUUGUCGCGGAGGUCAGAUGGGCCCGAGGUCGGACCGGACAGCCAGCUCUCCAAGCCGUUUUACCUCUUCUCCGAAAACUGUUCUGCCAAGGAGGACUUUUACUUCGCCAUGCUCCGUAACCAGGAGCAAAACUUUGGCGCUGAGAGGAAGGCGCCCAGGCCGAAGCAGUUCGAGGUCAAGAACAUCAUUGCGUUGGUCCAGAAACUGCACUCGUCCGAGGAGCACCUUUCCACAAGGUGGCUGAACGCCAUGAUUGGUCGCGUGUUCCUAGGCAUUUACAGGACGACGGACCUUGAGCACUUGAUUCGUGAGAAGCUCACCAAGAAGAUUGCCCGUGUCAAGCGGCCUGCGUUCCUCACCAAUAUUGCUAUUCGCCGCAUCGAUACCGGCGACUCUGCACCUAUCAUCACGAAUCCGCGCCACAAAGAUUUGAAUGUUGAGGGAGAAUGCGUGAUGGAAGCCGAUGUGAAGUAUACCGGCAACUUCAGAAUGGAGGUCGCCGCGACGGCCCGCAUAGACCUGGGCGCACGCUUCAAAGUCCGCGAGGUCGAUCUCGUUCUCGCAGUGGUCAUUAAGAAGCUCGAGGGCCACAUGCUGUUCAAGAUCAAGCCCCCGCCAAGUAACAGAAUAUGGCUGUCGUUCCACAGCAUGCCAAAGAUUGAAAUGACAAUCGAGCCGAUUGUGAGCGCGAGGCAGAUUACGUACACCAUUAUUUUACGACAGAUUGAGAACCGGAUCAAGGAGGUCAUUGCCGAGACGCUGGUGCAGCCGUUUUGGGACGACAUGCCCUUCUUCAACACGGAGCACAAGAAAUGGCGAGGCGGUAUUUGGGACGACGACGACGCGGUUGUCAGCUCACCUAGUACGGAGACCAAUGUGGCUGGAGAGGGCGAUGUGGAGGGAGUCGAUCACCUCGAAGAGACGGGUGACUUGCAAAGCGACAUGAGACCGAUCGAAAAGAGCCACAGCAUGCCAAUCGUUGAGAACACACAGCCGACCGGCUUGUUCGGCAGGAAGAUACAGAACAAGGGCCCGAACAGUCCUUUGAAUAGUUCGUCGACGAGCGUUGAUGCUAUGGGCUCACCGACUACUGCGACACCGAUACCUAAGCCGUUCAGGUCGCCGUCGAUAUCGAGUCCAGCGAACCCUGUGGUCGGCACCGACGCGGCGCACGCAGACGUGUUCAAGCCCUCGUCCUCACCCCCAGACCAUGCCUCCAGCAUGAUGGCAGCGUUAUCAGCAAGGUCAACACCGGUGACGACACCCUCUGAGACACCCGCCAGACCACCACCCGUCGCGAAGGCAUCGAGCCAGUCCUCCGCAUCCUCACGCGAAGCCACGGAUAACGAGAACGAGACGGACCGUACGCCAAUGGCCAAGGAACGCCGCAGCACAGCUUCGUCUUCGGAGUCGAUGCGCAACAAUGAAUCAGCCGACCCGAACUCACCCACUACAUCUUCAAGAGCCUCUGUCAGAAGCGCUACGGGCUCCAUCUCCAAGGGCCUUUUCCGGAGGGAGAACACGGGCAGCACGAACUCGACCGCGUCGACCAACGGCGAGGGAAAACGCACGACGCUCGCCGCCGUAGCCAACGCUGCGGUCACGGCGAGACAGUGGGGAUGGAACGCGAUACAAAAGCACAAGGACGCCAAGAAUGGCGCUUCGACGGAACAGAAUCCCCCGCUCGACCUAAACCAGCCGAUGGGACGUGGCCAGCCUUUGCCUCCGCCGGGUACGCCGUUGCCUCCACCUGUAAAAGGCUCCAAGGUGACGACGAUCCCUGUGCCGAAACGCAAGCCCAUUGCGCCGCCGAAUCUCCCUGAACGGCCUCACUCGGCGGCGACGUCGGAGGGCAAGUCGGAGCGCAGACCCGUGCCGCCUCCGCCCCUGCCCUCGCGGCGUCAUUUGGACACGAGUAAGAACGCGGACGGCGGCGGUGAGAGAUUGUUGGUUGUGGAGGCGCCACUUGACUCGGAGCCUUCUACGCCCAUGGAGGAGAGUAUGCCCCCGCCGGCGUACGUUCAGCCAUGGGCUGAGGACGUCUCUGAUGGCGAAGGGGAUCCGGAUGUCUCGGUGGAGAAGACAAGAGGUCGUGAUCGUGUGGUUGUCGAUGAGAAGAAGGAACACAGUAACGAAGAGGAGGAGAGCAAGAGUAGGACGCCACCGCCGUUACCGCAGCGCAGGGAGACCAAGCUCGAGGAUCCCAUUGUGGCGAAGCCAGCCCAUGCUCCAGGUAUCGACGAGGAUGACGAUGAUUAUUCCGCGUGGAUGGAUGAGCAGGAUGAGGGUGUCGUCGGUGUAGACGGGAGAUCGAGCGUCGAGGUGAAGUAA